AUGGCGGCAGGAUAUAACGAACGAAAGUCGUAUGCUAACGUGACAGUUGAUUGGAUGGCGUACCAAGGUGUUCCAGUGGGUGGCGUGACUGGUGAAGUGCGCAUGUCACAGUGGUGGACUGGUACGACUUGUGCGACUGUCAUGUUUCCUACAGCGAGUGGCCUUUGUUGGGUUUUCUUAUCCUUCCCAUUCUUUUCAAGAUCAUAUCUUUUGAAACGCCUCACUUCUACUGAGGUCACUCAGUUAAUAACAGAUCGUUUUUAAUAUGCAUCACCAGUGAUUUGUCGUAAUGGUGCAGCCGUACACUUAUAGUCGAACAACGUCAUGGUAGUACAAAUUAUUCUUUUACCAAUUUCCAGCAUAUCACAAAUGUCAUGGGUUCCUUUUUGCAAUAAAUACGAAAUUGAUUCCUGUUCGUGGCUUUCUAAGAGUUAAGAGUUGCCUGAUUCGGAUUUAUUUUUCAGGGAAAAUUCUCUGUGAUACCGUCGGUAUUUGUGACUGCCAAGCAUUACAAUCCAGGAUUAAAACGUGACGCAGCAAGCGCAUGGAUUGAAGAUGUCACACAAUCAUCCUGUAAAGUUUGCUUGAGAGAAUUGCAAAACUACGCCGGAUCACACCAAGACGUUGUUGUUGUAAGUAACGCUAAUCUCAUGGAAUCGAACGAACAGCGUUUUUCAUUGGAAACUAAGUGCAGCAGAUUGGUAUCUUUCUCCAUCUCAUCUUUUCGCUUUUUUACGCUUCCAGCAGUUGGUCCAGCAGAGAUGCACGAUUUUUUGCUUGAAAAUAUAUUUCCCUCCAUCUGUUUCCUCUUUAUCCGGCUUUGUCAACCCAACCAUGUUAUUGCUUUCUUGUAACCUAAGAUGUCGGUGGCUGUUUUAUACAAACCUUGUUGAUAGAUUACCAUCUUAUUUUCGACGUUGUCACAAUCUUUUGGUAGUUAGGACGUGAGAAUGAAAUAGAAUUCUUCCUUUUUAUUGUUAUUUAUUUAUUUAUUUACUUUAUUUCAGAAUUGGUUAGCGUUUUCAUAUCUUGACGAGCCUCCCUUCUCAGAACACAAUUCGAUUUACUUUUCGAAUGAUAAACCUCCCGCGCAGAGUCACUAUAAUGCCUUCUGCAAGGUCAGUAUUCCAGUCCUUUCAUUAGUCUUAUGGGUUUCAAUUCCCGUCACAGUGCAUUUAAUUUUAUUGAAUAAAUUUACUAUCGGAGAGCAAAAGAAAACGGUUUCCCUAUCAUGUCUCUAGUGAUGGUAGUUGCAUUUAGUCAGUUUAGCAGGCUGCCUGUCAUAUUUCAGUGAAUAUUUAAAAUGAAAAUGAAAUAUAGAUUAUAAAUGCCCUAAUGCGGAAAAAGUCUUUACCUUUAUGUAAAUGUCAGAGACUGAAUUUUUACAAUUAUGCAAUUUCUUUUGACAGGACGCUUCUUUUACUAAAGUUUAUAACUCAAGUCCACAUGUGUUUGUUUCUGCCAAUCAUUCCACCAAAAAUGGAAGUCAGAGUCCAAUUCAUAACAGCAUAGCUGAGUGGGUAGAGGUAUGUUUUUAUUUGUUUAUUUAUCUACUUUUUAAUAUAUUUUAUGAAUUUGUGUAACAUACCACUUGCAACCACACUUACAUGUGUUGUGUGCAUGUUUAAAAACCUUAUGAAUUUCAAAAUACGAAUGACUGUAACUAACACUGUCUAUUUAACAAUUAUUCCACGAGGGCGCGUUGGAUAUGAGAUGAUAGAUAGCCAACGAGGCGCAUAGCGCCGAGUUGGCUAUAAUCAUUUCAUAUCCAACAAGCCCGAGUGGAAUAAUUGUUUUAUUAAAAACGCCCCCAAAAUCUCGUUGAAUCGCCCCGACUAGAACAAACCGGAAAAGACAAGGGACUUCCGCUAUUGACAUGUCACACGUCUAUCAAAACUGUCAACGCGCGAACCGGGCUCGCCUAGACUGCAUGAAUGAAAAAUCAAAACAUUGUGCGAUGAACAUUAGUUUUUUAAAAACUCAUCGUGAUUCUAGGAUUUUACACAGCAGAACAGCUUAAAAAACCUGGCAGAUAAUGUGAAGGAAAGGAAUUUUUAAGUGACAGCCGUCGAAAUUACUAUGAAUUUGGAUUUUCGGUGCAGUUAUAAAAGUAAGAACAACGGAGAAAAACUACCGGUAUUACCUCGGUCGCUUGUUAUGAAGUUGUUUGAAGCCACAAGCUGGUUUUGCUCAACGAGAAAAGAAGCUAUACUGCCGCCUCGAUUGCUCUAGUGAAUGGCAGCAUAGCCUGUAUUUGUAGCUGGUUACUUGUGAUUUAUAUUCUUGAUGUCGGAUAAACAAGCUGCAGUUAUCUAUCGGCGAGUGACUCGAUUGGCGAAUGGCUUCGCGAUCAUGAAGAAACAACACUUUUCUUCUUUCCUAGCUGGUCAAGGUACUUUAGUUCCAUGUGUUUUCAUGUGUUUUUCGACAAACUUUCAAACAAGCUCUUGUGGCUUUUUUGUUUGUUUUUGUCUUUUUACUUUCGUUGAAAUUGCAUUUCUAGUAUUCUAAUAAAUGAAUUAAAACGAUUUGCUUCGGGCGCCGUUCUAUCCUUCGCGAAAAAAAAUCUCAGCUAGCUUCCAAUUUUAAACUGACGCGUACACUGACCAUAUAUGGAGAACAUGGUAUAUUAGCUCAUAUACCAUAACGGCUAAGCCAAUCAAAAUGCUAGAAUUGCAUUAUCCAAUGAUUCAGUUUUUAAUAAUUUACAAUACAGAAUGCGUUCUAUUGAGAAUAACAGCUUAUAAAACACAGAUCGUGCGAAAAACAGCCCAAAAGUUAAAUUUUAUGUUUAACUAACGAUCAGGCAUAACCCUUAGCUACUAAAAUGGCCAUGAAUUAUGGAAAGUCGUUAAAACUGUGUUUAAAAAAAAGUGGUGUAGCUGUAUAGCAGAAGGUAAGCAAAUGCUGUCAAACAAAAAGCAAUGAGAUAACGAAAACGGAUGUUAAGCAAGAGAGAAUGAGCUAAGAAAGCGAAUCCCUGCGCCCCAUGAUGAUUAUUUGAAAUCUAUUGAAAGUUCCCACGCGUGCGAUGAAGGUUAUUUUUAUCUGCUGUUUCCGUGACGCGCGCGGUCUACUUUCCCGUGAACGCGACAUAUUUCGCCUCCAAACAUUUGAAGUUUGACAGCAGUUACAGCAAUUAUCGCAUGAGAGGUUUAAGUUGUUGACAUGUAAUAACGCGCACUCAAUUGUCCUCUUUCCUCUUCCCUUUGAAGCCCUGUAAAGCAAACUUGUUGAACAGGGUUGAUCACUUCCUAAUAUGCGUCAAACUGAGAAAUACGGAAAGUCUUCUGGUCAAGACCUACCUGAACUGUUCUAUAGUUUUUUUUCUGCUAGCAAGGGAAAAAAUACGCCGUCCGCCGUCUGUGUGAACUACUUAAUGAGCUGAUAAAUAUUCCUUUCUUGCAGUGCAUCAACAAGACAGGCUUUCGUGCUUGUGUCAAAGAAUUAUAUGAAGCAAAAUAUGACCCAUUGUCAGUAACGUACACAGUUUUGUCAGGUAAGAGCUCUACUGCUACAAAACUAAUAAACUUCAGUACUUACAAGUCUCUAAAUGAAAAAAAAAAGGAUACAGGGAAUACACAAAAGAAAUGCACAAAAACUGGAGGAAAUAAUAAAAAUUGUAUUCGGGUGAUGAUAAAAAACAACGUUCAUCCCUUUUCCCAAAUACCUAUUAAUGUGUAUAAUGGAGUGCUUUAUAGCGGAGCUCUCGCGCGCGAAUCGCGCGCAGCGGAGCACCAUGGGUAAAAAAAUGUGGUAAACUACCCAUCCAAGAAAAUUUGGUAAUCACGUGACCGUACACAGACCGCCCGCCCGCCCGACCGUCCAUCCGCACCACAGGCAUACCAAUGUAAAAUAAUUCAAUCAACAGGUAUGGCAACCCAAAUGCAACUCAAGGUUGUAUUUGGAAAGAAAUCGCCUGGGCGCCGGACUUUUAGAAAGAAAAAACAACAACAAAGUCGUGUCUUUUUCGACAUUAUAUUUGAUGUUUACACUCACGUGGAUAACCGAGAAAGAGCUAGAGCGAGUAAUUGAAAACAAAAGAGACGAAUUUUGUAGGAAGAAAAACAUGAAAAUUCAAAGCGGCUGUGAGACAAUGAGAACUGCUAGCGGCCAGCAAGGUGAAAAUGAGCGGCAGUGAAAAAUAAAAGCGAACAUGAACACAGGAGACAAAAUAUUGGGUAAGGACAUACGACCAUUCCUCCACAAAAAUAAUGUGUAACUAGUAAGUUUGACGUUUUAGUCCUAUAAAACAGCGUUGUAGUUGAUCAAAACAACUGCAAACAAAGACAAAAAGCGUGCUGCACGUGCAAAUUUGUUUGAUUUUGCUAAUUAGAAAAAAGAGUGUGCUGCACGUGCAAUUUGUUUUAUUUUUUUGCUAAUUAGAUCUAUUGAUCUUGAUGCCAUAUUCAUUGCCGUCCCGUUUAGCAUAAUAUAUAGAUUUAGCCACGGCUAAAAGCGAGGCUCCCAUUAAUAAAUUUAUAAUUUAAAUUAAACAAUAAACUUGUAUUCGAAUUCCACAAUUCAGUUAACUUUAGAGCACUUUUAUGCGACUUUUGAGGGAAAGGCUACCUGAUUUUAGAGAAAAAUAAUUUGCAAACAGCCCAAGAGUGAACCAAAUCUUACAUAGAGCUGAUGGCCUUGUAUGUACACCCAAAAACUGGUAAUCAUCUUCGAUCACAUUUAAGAGCCAUAAUGGUUCUUGAUCACCGUAGAUUAAUUAGGCCUGGAAAAAAAAUCAGGCCAACUUUUUUGCGUUCGACAAGUUUACUUUGCAAAAUCUCGCCAACAAAUCUGGGUACGUGUAAACCAACCUUUUAUACCAUUUAUACAUCACAUCUGAUGUGAAACAGUAGUAUGAGGCACUGUUUUUAUCGUACCGUCGACCUCGGACAGAAAGCAGUAUUUCACAAUACAAAUUGCACUCAUUCAAUAUUCAUAUAAACUGUUAAACAAAUUUCCAAAAUCACCUAUACGGCCAUCAGGUUCUCACUUUUGAAGUGCGAGCUGUGCGAGUGUUUGAAUGAACAUUAACAGAGUUACGCUCCAACAUAAUAAAGAAUUUAUUACGUUUAUUUUUUAUUUUAAAAUGGUUUAACGCACGGCAUUUUGAGUAGUACUCCGGGAAGCGUUGUUCACUGAACGACUGAAAACAAUCGGCACAGGGAUUAAAAUUACAAGAGAGACUACUAAUAAUCAAUAAAAAGAAAUAUAAUUCGGUGAAACAUAUACAGAGACUACAAUUCUCAUUCAGGAAGACAAGUAUUAAAGGUGUCUCUAAAAAUCCUGAGUCUUAAAGCUUAAAGCUUAAGUCUUUGUUUUAAGCCGGCUUCCCGGUGUUUGCUUUUUUCAAAGACGAACUCGAGGCAAGAAAAUCGCUCAAAGCUUCUUUUACAGCCACAAUUAAAACUAAAUAUUCUUUAGAACGUGUUCUUUCUAUUUGAGGUGAGAAAAUGUCUAAAGGCUUUUAAAAGAUCUGUAAGCUUUAAUAUAACAAACCUGAUACUCGGUCAGAUCAUUGCCUCAAAUCUUACAAACGUGCGUAAACAAAAUAGCCGCAUAAACUACGGUCGACUUCAUUAAAUUAGAAAUAAAAAACAAACAUCAAAUACAAUAAUUACUCAGGCUUACCACUCGAGAUGCAGCUCCUGGAAGGUUUAAAGUAAGGCCAGUAUCUCUUCAGACUUUGCAACCCUCUUACGCAUUAAGCAAGGUGAAAACGAAAACGAUGCCAUCCGAAAUCGGAUUUCCGACUUUGACAAGCGACGUAUUUCUUAACCAAAAACCCAAUAAACAAACUAGCCAUGAAUGACAGAAGACUCCUGAUAGCAGCUGAAUUUCAUUUUGUACAUCCAGUGCAAAAAGACAGUUAAAAACAUAAGUUGGUACAAAACUCUGUCAGCUUCAGCUGUCAAAGUAAACAAGAUUCAAGAUGCUGCAUAAAUUUUUUGCAUGACCUCACCUGUCAAAUUUUGACCAAUCGAAGCAUAAAAAUUGGACGUAGAGCGUGACCAACGCGUGACCAUGGUGAGAAAAGUCAAAAGCAACUGUCUUCCCUGCCUGUAACAGCUGGCUGAAUUUUCGUGUCCGAGGUCAGUUUGCAAUCAAAAUUUUAAUUGUGCAGCACAUAAACACAACAUAUUUCAUAUGAAUUUAGAAAAAAAUUGAACUUGAGCCUGCGAUCACUUAAAAACUAGUAACUUGUCAGCGGAUAACUUCAAAAAAUACUUGACCUCGAUGGGUCGACACCUGAGCCCGCGAUACGGUCCAGUGAUACUGGUCAGCGGGUACCCUGUUUUGACAGCUGUCAAUUGAUCAAAACAUUGAUGUCCAAUAUGUGUGCAUUAUCAGUUUUCCUGUGCUCCCAAACUAGUAAAAAGUAUGAGAUUGAACAUUGUUCGCGACCUAGUAAAACAAUUAACUGGUCAGCGGACAGCUUCCAAAUAAAUCACGUCACCUCUAUGAGUUGACACAUGAGCCCGCCAUAUGGUCAUGGGAUACUGGUCAGUGACUAUCCUGUUUUGACAGCUGUCAAUUGACCAUAUUGAGAAUGUCCUAUAUUAAAAUCAUAUAUUAAAGAUGUGGACUUGCCAAGACACGCCUGAGACACCCCUCCCUUCCUUUUCAAAGUCUCCCCUACCCCACCCAUACAAUCUGUAGACGCGUAUGUACGUACGUACGUACGUACGUACGUACGCUCGGUCAAUCACGUGACAACCAAACGAAAAGAGGUUGACCAUAUUCCAUGGGUAUGGGGCUCUGUCCCACGCGCGCUUCGCGCGCGCGGGAGCCCCGCUAUUAUACCAUUAACCAGAGUUUCGCUUCUAACCCUGGCUAAAUCUAUAUAUUAAUGCUUGCAGUUGUUUUUCUCUUAUGUAUUGCAUUUAUUUUGUCCUGAACAAAAAGCUUCUGCUUUUCCAUUUCCUUUUUUAUCGCAAAACCGGAAAUAACAAAAAUGCCUGAAGUACGUAACUGCUCCUAAAGCUAUACAUUUUAAGCAAUAUCAUUUUGUAGUUCACUAAUUCCUACUUUGUAUACGCGCAGACAUCUGUCCAUCUGGAUGGGAUUACUUCAAUGGAUACUGCUAUUUAACAAGCUCUGUAUGCGCACCUUGGGUGACUGCUGUGUCCAACUGUUCAACUAUGAACUCACAUCUGGUAACAGUGCACAACCAAGAAGAAAAUGUCUACAUUCAGCACCGUCAUAAUGGAGAGCGAUCAUGGAUUGGACUUAAUGACCGAAGCGUUGAGGGAUCAUUUGUCUGGACAAACAAGGAAAUAACCAGUUUUCGGUUCUGGGCUCCGCAACAACCAAACAACAGGAAAAACGAAGACUGUUUUCACACUCUGCACACUUAAAAUUAAAGUGUAACAUUACUCCAAAAAAAAGUGUAAAAUCUUUGCCAGCCCCGGCAGCCUUUUUUUUCUGUGUAUUAUUACACAUUUUAUAAUAGUGUAAUUUAACACACAACUAGAGGUUAUGUUUACACACCAAUCAGUGUAAUGUGAGUGGUUUACACUUUGGUCAAGUGUAAAAUUGCAGUUCUUAUAAGUGUAAUAAAAUACUAAUAGAACAGUAAUAUUACACCGAAUGAUAGUGUAGUAGCUUUGCCAGCCCCGGCAGCCUUUUUUUUCUGUGUAUUAUUACACAUUUUAUAAUAGUGUAAUUUAACACACAACUAGAGGUUAUAUUUACAUACCAAUCAGUGUAAUGUGAGUGGUUUACACUUUGGUCAAGUGUAAAAUUGCAGUUCUUAUAAGUGUAAUAAAAUACUAAUAGAACAGUAAUAUUACACCAAAUGAUAAUGUAGUAGCUUUGCCAGCCCCGGCAGCCUUUUUUGUGUGUGUAUUAUUACACAUUGUCCAAUAGUGUAAUUUGACAUGCAACCAGAAGGUUCAUUUACACACCAAACAGUGUAACUGUGAAUGGUUUACACCUUGGUCAAGUGUAAAAUUGUACUUCCCAUAGGGGUAAUAAAACAUUAACAGAAAAGUAAUAUUACAUCAAUUUAUAGUAUUAGGCAAAACAAUUACACAUUUGAAAAAUAUAGGAAAUCACAUUUUUAAUCACUGAAUAAGCAGCUAGACUUCUAACAAUAAGUAAAAAUGAAAGGUCAAGUGUGCAAGACAUGGUGUGUACUGUCUAACUGCUUAGGAGUGAUGCGUACUGUCCUAUCACAAAUCAGUGCUUAGGGCAGAGCCCGAGGAGGUUCAAGGUUUGAGCUGCAAGGUGAUACCCAGGAAAGAUAGUUAGCAGGAAGUCUUCCUCUCCAAUUAUUAGUAUUUUUACAGUCAUGGUGUAAUGCCUUUCCCACAGUAAAAAUGGAUGGCAGUGCAUCUUUUUUGCUUCUUCUAGAUAUUGUCCUCUUGUGGCUGCAACCUGCGUGACAAAUGAAAUUGAAAAAAAAAAACAAGACUUGUUUUAGUCGAUAUUAAAGUGUUCUUAAUGUAUUGUAUCGGUCAUGAGGGUUGAAAAUAGGACUGAGUGUUUUGGAGUUCCUUCUAAUUGAACUAACACAAUAAUGCUCUCUUGAACAACAUGGUUAAGGCAAACUACUUAAAUCAAAUUUCAUUCACAAAAUAAUUACAUAUUAGGUUUAAGAUGUAAAAAGGUUUUUUCUCUAGAGUCUUAACAAUCAAGUACAUUUUUCCUCCUCUACAAAACAAAACACAGCUUCAGAUAUUCAAUUCAGAUAUCAAAUCACAAAUUAAAAUAACUCAAAACAUGUGUUAUUCCAAUCCAUGACCCCCAGUAACACUAUAGGCGGGCCAAACCACCUGACUGAGUCAUUAGUCAAAGGCGGGCAUGAAAAUUACCACCUUGCAUAACUGCCUAGCCGGUGGACCAGAGCCAUGAUGAAAACAAAACACACUAUUAGACUUUAUAACUUGGUACGGAAACAAAAGUUUGACUGGUAUACAAUUAGGAUAUCCGAUCACAAAAUUACUCAAAAGACAUGUUUUAUUCCAAUCCAUGACCCCCAGUAACAGGCGGGCAAAACCACCUGACUGAGUCGUUAGUCAAAGGCGGGCAUAACCACCUUACAUAACUGCCUGGCCGGAGGACCAGGGCCAUGAUGAAAACAAAACACACUACAAGAUUUUAUAACUUGGUAUCAAAACGAAAGCUUCACUAUACAAUAUUAUUCAGAUAUCCGAUCACAAAAUUGCUCAAAAAACAUGUUUUAGUCCAAUCAAUGACCCCCAGUAACAGGCGGGCAAAACCACCUGACUGAGUCGUUAGUCAAAGGCGGGCAUAACCACCUUACAUAACUGCCUGGCCGGUGGACCAGGGCCAGGAUGAAAACAAAACACAGCUAUACGACUUUAUAACUUGGUAUUGAAACGAAAGCUUCAGAUUCAAUUCAGAUAUCUGAUCACAAAAUUACUCGAAAAACACGUUUUAUUCCAAUCCAUGAGUCCCCUGGAAACAAGCGGGCAAAACCACCUGACUGUGUCGUUAGUCAAAGGAGGGCAUGACCACCUCACAUAACCACCUGGCCGGUGGACCAGGGCCAUGAUGAAAACAAAACACAGGUAAAGUAAUGAAAAUGAUAUUAAGCCUUUUUAAGCCUCGUGCAAUUACAGGUUUUUGUCUGCGAAAUCACAUAUAAAAAUUAGGCAAGCUUAAUAUAUUUUUCUGGUUUGGAUUUAUCUCUAUUCUACAUAUCAAAUACAAGUCGAUGUACAGGUCCGGUACGAAUAGCCACUAGGUAUAAUGUAAGAAAAAUAAAUAAAGAUAACUUACAUUAUAUCAACAUUUGGGAUCAAAAGGUGCAAAAUUCUGUGUUUUAUGAAGCAUUUCUACCGAUCAUUUGAAUAGUAAAUGUAUGGAAUCAAAUGUCGCGCGUGACAUCACGAUCCCCGAACAGUUCGGGUGGUACGCUUGUAAUACACGUCUUUUGUUUGCAAAGAGCAAAACCACUCGAAUUAAAAGUAAUUAAAUUCGCUAUAAAUAUUUUAAGCUUCAAUUUGUGUCUGCAAAAACAACAAGGUGAUACAAUGCAGUCUUCGCUGUUGACGUCAUGUCACGCGACCUUUUGGCGGUUAAAAGCAAACGAACAACCAACGGCAAUAUUCACAAAACAUUUCAGUCAGCUUAUAUCCAGUAUUUAUAUUUCUAAUGUUAGUCGUAUAUAUCUGUCUCCUCUCAGGCUAUUCUCCUAACAAGCCUAAACAAAAAUUUGAGGCGAAAUAGCGAGGUUAUCUUAAUUUCGAGAUUUCAAAGCUUAACACCACACAAUGCGCUUUUGAUAUCGCAUCGCGCUCUCCCACAGUAGGAAAACCGCUCAAGGUGUUGCAGUACGGUAAAACAAUACUUCAAAAGCCUCAAGAAAUCUAGGGCCAGACUAUAGUUUUAACAUAAAACUCAGAAAUUACGGAAAGUAUACUCACCUCGAAAUGCGAAAUGCGCCGUCGUAAUCUUUGAACAUGAAUGCAUGGUUUUGCUCUCUUCUUAGCAGUCAUUUGGAGCCUCCAUCAUCCUUUGCUCUAAUAAUCGGCCCUACAUCCUCGUUAACUUGAACUCAAUGAAGACUUUGAGUUAAAAUCUUCAAAUUUACGGCGCUUAAUUUUAGUACAACCUUCGUGGAGGACGGUUGGAACAAAAGAUGAAAACAAACGGUAUUCAAGUGUCUUUAUCGGCAACAUCAUCGAUCCUGAUUGCACGAAAAUUCGCGCCCUGUCACUUAAGCUCCCGGUGACUGACUAUACGUGAUCUUUGGAUCUGCUGCGGCUUUUGACUCAGUCACGUAAUUUAUGUUGCUGUAAAUUUCCUCUUCGAGAACACGCGGAAAAGGAACAUGGUCUGAAUUAAAUCGAUAGUACAAAGACAAUGGACAAUGAAGAAAAAAAAGAAAAGAAAAUAAGAAGAAGAAGAAAGAAACAUAGUGUUACAUUUCUCAGGAAAGAUAGAAACCCGCACAAAUGACAGUCCUGUCAAUGGAGUGAUGCAUCGUUAGCGGUUUAGGUCAUUUCAUUAAUUUAGCUAAAACACCUUUCAAUUUACACAUGUAUACAAAUGCAGUUGCGUGAAUUUCGCACGAUAUAUCUGAAAUGAGACCUUAGACUGCAGCUGAAGUAUAUACCUGCUACAUGUACAACUAGCGGCUCAGAUAACUUAUUCACGCGAUGAAGAUUUUCUUGCUUCGAUAUUUUUUUUUUUUUUUUACAAAAGAGAGUGGGUGUUUUAUUCUAUAAACGUAUAAGUAUGCACAUGUGAGUGCAUAAUUACCUCCGCUGUGGUAUACAUUUACUCUGUAAGUAAAUGUUAAAAAUACCUAUAGUUUCAGCCUAAACGUGGUGUAAAAAUACUCAAAAUAACGAGUAUCACUACACCAUAAUUUCUGUGUAGUGUUUUACACCAUAAAAAGUGUAACUUUAUAAUUUUUCUUUUCUAACAAUACACUUCAAUUUUAACACUUUUAGUUGGUGUUAAAGUACCCGAAAAAACGAGUAACACAACACUACAAAUUGUGUAAUAUUACUCUGUGUUAUUAGUAUACUCUAACACCGAUAGGUGUGUUUAAUUCUAUAAGUUUAUUAGUGUAAAAUUACCUUUACUAUGGUAUACAUUUACGCUGUAAAAACGGGUAAAAUGUACACCGUACCCUGCGUGUAAUGUUACAAUAGAAAAAAUUGUAAAAGUAUACCUUUAACUGUGUAAUAUUAUCAUGUUAAGAGUACCAGCUCUUUUACACUAAAGUUUGCGUAAAAUUACCCGACAUAAAGCGUAACACAACACUGAAAAUUCUGUGUAACGCUUUACUCGUUAAAAAGUGUAAUAUUACAAAUUUUCCUUUGUAACAUUACACUUUAAUUUUAAGUGUGUGGGUGCCAAUGAUGGCUACACUUGGAACGACGUUUCCUGCGAUAACUGCUAUAACUAUACUUGUGUUCGAGGUAAAAGCGGUCAUCAGGUCCGUUUUACAACUUACAUUAAAUGAUCUGUUAGUUGGCACCUGGGGUAAUCUUAUGUUCUGUAAAGGGUUGUGGCUCACUUCAAUAUUUUAUGCUAGGAAUGUAACCAAAACAACAGAAAAGCCAUCUAAUGUAAGCGCACAUUAAUGUAGUAUCAUCUUUCAGUCAUAGUUAGUAGAGGAGAUUGGUUGAGAAUGCAUCAAAGCUUAAGAUUAAGAUUUUUUCUUUCUUUUUUUUCACAAUAAAUGAAUGCGACGUUUUUGUAGCCGGCCUGUGUACAGCGGACGCCCCCUCCCCCUUUUUUGAGGUGAGGGGGCGUCUGUACACAGGCUAGGUUUUUAUUGGUGAAAAGGAUCAAAAUGAUAAGAAUGCUAUUGAACGUUUCACACCGUCGGUUGAGUCCAAACACCUCUAACAAAAAAACGUACUAUUGUAAUAAAGGCGCUUGUAGGGCUUUAUAGCCAUUCCACUGUUAUUAACUUUGUUUCAGUUUAUGUUUCAAACUCGUACGACUAUAUCAAGGUAAAAAUGGGCAUGCAGCCAAGCUUAUUAGACAGUUGUUAAGGUGUCAUAACGUGAGAUAAAAGCAUUGUGUCCAGUGUUUGGUAAAAUUCAAAGUAAUUUCGUUUUUUCUUUUCAAGAGUUUUAUGAUGAAUUCAAGUUGAGAAUCAUUUCAGAAAAUAAGCACGUAGCAAAGGAAAUGUGAGUGAAUGAAACACAGUGAUUUCUUUUAGAAAUUGACGAAUGCACAACUAACUAUCACAGAUGUAUUGUGAAUGCUGCUUGCCAGAAUACCGUGGGCUCAUACAAAUGUACUUGCAAAGCUGGAUACUCUGGAAAUGGCGGCAAAUGCGUUGGUAAGUACUGAACUUUGCUUUAAAUGUCUUCCAUAUUUUGCCCUUUUGCUUCGCAAACUGAUCGACCGACUUAGUUGUCCUCUGUUCUGAUUUUAUUUAUUAAAUUAUAGACUAAAUAAAUAUGCUUUAUAGUGGAUGUACAGAACUAUUAUUACUUUUUAUACCUUUUGUGGUCAAAACUUUCUGAUAAGCCCCUAGUGGGCAUUUAAUCGGAAUUUUGAGCAGUAAAAGAAUACUUGCACUAAUGUGUGCACUCUAAAUCAGACAGAUCUGUUUUAGCCCUAAAAAUACGGCCGUUUCGAUAAGUAAAAUACAGUCCUAUUUUUGAGUCUAAUUUGGUUCCCUUAAAUCAGGGCCAAUACAGUCCAAUUAGCUAGGGCUGAUUUGGUCCCAGGGCUGAAAUGGGCCCUAACGUGGGGUGGAAUAGCCUUUUGAUUGAGCUUUUUUGGCCUGGAUUGUGUUCAAAUGGCUCCAGGAAGGGCUGAAUCAGACUUUGGCCUGCAGGACUGAAUUGUCACCAGGGCUGAGACAGGUCUUUUUAAUCUUCAGUGUGGAACAACCUUUUACACGAAUUUUGAUUCCUUUAAUCAAAACAAUUACGAACUUCCCGUUUGGGGAUAUAUUUGUUUUGACUUAAGAACUUCACUGGUAAUAACGUAACAGUUGAUUUGAUUUGAAAAACAAAAAAAAAGUCGAAAACGAAAAUUUCACUUUUAGACCUCAAGGUCGCCCCAAUUCAGACUGAAGGCAAUAAAAAGCCCCAAGGGGUCUGACAUGUCUGAAUAGAGGAAAGUCGGGAGGAAAUGUCAAGGAAGGUAUUACCUUGUCUUUUUCGGCGCAUACGUGAAACAAUAUUUCGCUUUAGUUUUAAGUACGUAUAUAAAAUAAGGGCUAUGUAUCAAAGGUUGUGCGUAAACGUAAAACUUGAACCUCGCUCAACUUUUACACGCGGCCUUUCAUACAUUGCCUCCAGGGCCCUGACUGCCUCUAUUAUAUUUACGCGCGUACAUUUUACUUGCGUACGCACAUAAAUAUUACGCGGAAGUGGAAAUCCACCCUAAGUUCUUAAUCACCUAACGAUAGUUUAUACAUCCAGCACGUGCGUUCAUUCCAUUGCUUGUAUUUAUUCUCCCUGGCACCGGUCGUUCAAACUUUAGAUAGCGCUUUGCAUCGGAUAAAUCACAACACAGUGGAUAAGUAUUAGUGAAACGUACUGCGUUAUCUACUGGAUGGUGAUUUAUCUGGCGGAUAGCGUUAUUCAGCUUUUGAACAAAUUGUCCAGGUAAUUUUAUAACACUACCAUAGCCACACAAGCCAUCGCGUUCAUCUGUAACGUAGAUUUGAAAGAGAAGAAUGUAAAGGAAGAAUUAUCAGUUUACUUGCCUUGUAAUCGUAAAAUAAAUGCAGUUUUAUGAUUUUCAUGUAGAUAUCGACGAGUGUACAAGCAAAAUCCAUAACUGUGACAGAAAUGCGUUAUGUAAGAACACUGAAGGGUCUUUCACCUGCACCUGCAAACCCGGUUACAAAGGAGAUGGCAAGAAGUGUAACGGUAAAUAUCUCAGUAGAACAGGCAAUUAUCGCAUUCUCUGCUUUUAAUUUAUUAGACUGAGGCAAACAAAUUUGUCGUGGAUUCUUAGCUAUGAACUGGAAUUAGCCUAGAGUACAGGUUCAAGCCGGGGAAUCUGUUCACAAGCAUUAUUAUUUUUAAUGAUUUUCCUCCCUGGUAGCCUCAACUCUAAGUUACUUCCAGCAACAGGCAGGAAUCACUGCUCAUCUGGAUGGAUGAAGCAAGAUCCGGGAAGCCGAUUACCUGUAUAUUAAUACUAUUUUAAGUCUCUUUGAAAACGAUUGCAGGCGCAUUCUUCAAAGUUGAUCUCUAAUGUUGAUAUCUAUUUUGUUGUAGCGACACGAUCCUGCAAAGAAAUCAAGGACUUAGGUAUCUCCAAUGGCGACGGGGAGUACUGGAUUGACCCUGGAAGGACUAAAAGUCCUUUUAAGGCAUAUUGUGACAUGACAACUGACGGAGGUAUGGUUUGAGUUGAAGCUAGGGAAAACCCAUUUUUUUCUAAAGCAAGUUCAGGAAAUUCUCAAUACCUAAAAAUAUGAACAAAAUUCACACCGAUAAUUUAGUCCUUACUUAUAACAACAGACUUUGUAUGACAAUUAGGAAUUAUUGGAUGAGGUUGAGGUAUCAUCCGAGAAUUAUGCAGAUCGAGAAGGCCUUCGGCCUCGGCGGAUAACACCCCAAAUGAGAGUAUCCGGUUAAUGACUUCGAUAGUACAGGAUUUCGCCAGACAAAAGGAACAGCAACAGAGAAGCCCGAGCACGAGUUACCUCAGUUGUUUUAGUACUGGUAGAGAAUUUUACUGGUUUUGCGAAGAAAAAAAAAAUACUUGAUCUACUACCUAAAAACAUAGCAAAAACAGCAAAACUACAUCUCAUACUUGAAGAAUAUCUUCAAGACUAAGAAUCCCAGUGGAUCCUGAAUUUGCCGAGGAAAAGACACGUGAAAUCCAUCAGUUAACUGUCAAGUGUUACCAUGGAGAAGCUGUUUGAAUGAAUAAUAAGCCUCGUUUAAGUAUCAACUUCGGACUAGCACCCGCCUAGCGAGUCACGAAUUUCUUAGUCUCGGGUUCUUAGUUCUGUACAGUACCGCAAACGAUUCCCAAAGUAGACCGCAAAUGAUCCUCAACCGUAAAUGAUCGUCAUUGUCGACCGCAAGUGAUCCAGUGAAAAGUAGAGGACUGGAAUACAGUUUUAGGCAUGGAUGGUGAAUGUGCUGAGAAAUUGCACAUCGCGUAGAACAAUGAAUAAAUACAACUGUUUCUUUUAGUACAAAAUGUAUCUUUUUUUCUCAUUUCGUUAUUCAAGCAUUUGAUGUUUCGUUGCUGUGAAGAUUUAGGACAGGAAGGACUUUAAGAAGGAAAUGUUUCUUUCAUUUUUAAGCUUAGGAAUAGGGAAAUAUGACCCCGGAAUAUGACCCCUGUAUUUAUCACUCUGUAGAGGUUUUUGGUUUAUUUCGAAAUACGCUUAGUAACUGCAACUAGUUAAAAUGUUGCGUCUAGUGGUAAGGACACUGUCGGCGCAAACCUGUGUAUUCAUUUUCCGUGUCUUUGCUGCUGGACAGACAGACAGUUACAACAUUAGGGAAACAGAAACGAAGGAACGAUUUAGUGGAAAAUUUUGUACCCAUGAGCAAAGAAUUAUCUUAAUGGGGUUCAGUGUACUAUAGCGAGCUUUUAUCUGGGUUCGUUUUCAGAGACUUUCGCCGUUACAAAAGUUAUCGUUUCCUAAAGUUGAUACGAGGCAGGGUUUGAGCAAUUUCUUCUUAAGAGUAUUGCAUCUAAUUGAACUAUAGUGUGUGAAGUUUAGUUCAGUGAAGCUUUGAUGUUAAACAGCGAUUAAGCAAGAGCUAUUGUUUUACUGAGCAUUUAAGUGUUUCCUUUUUUUUGUUUGCGUUUAUUUAUGUUAUAUUUACGGUUUCUUAUAUUUUCAGUCUUGGCAUUUAUUUGUUAAAUUUAUUCAGUUGAAUUUUUAAUACUUUUUGUUGCGAUAGUAAACGUGACACGAUGACCCAGUAACUUAAGUCCAGGCUUUCUGAUUUUCAUCUCGGGAUAAUUUGCGGUCGACAAUGGGGUUCACUUGAGGUCGAGGAUCAUUUGGGGUCCAUUUUGGGGAUCAUUUGCGGUCUGAGGAUCGUUUACGGUCGAGAUCAGUUGCGGUACUGUACAGUUCGCCUGAGUUAUAUUUAACAAUGAUUAAGCCCACGGUGGGUUUCCGCCGUGUGAAUUAUUUUGAACUAAACAUUACUGCUUCUUUUGGCCCACAUGACUGAUAAACCAAUGAUAAACAUUUAUCGAAUUUCAGGGGGAUGGCUUCUUGUAUCCAACGUUGUUUCGCACGGUUCUUCAACGACUCAGUUGCCAGUUAAGACAUCGUACCGCGGAGUAAGCAGCAAAGAGAUGUUACUUACAAAGAGUGCCAUGAAGGAGCUGAGGAAGCACUUGCAUUUCACUCAGAUAAGAUUUCACUGCAAGGAAGGAGGAGGUCGUACAUUUCACAUCACCACGGCUGCUAACAGCAAAGGUGAAGCUGCUGUGAAAUACCUCAGUGGUGAGACAGAUGUGAUGCCUGCCUCUUGUGGCUCGUUUGUGAUCAUGAGUAAUGAUAACUCGCGGUUAUCAAGAGCCUGCAAAGAUUGGGGUUACGAAAACGGUUCUAAAAAAAUAGGCAAAUGGGGGGGUUUUGAUAUAGAUCACGACAGAUUAUACAGCCACGCUGCUUUUGUAUGGGCAGUUUACCACUGGCUUCUUGAACCGUCUGGCAGGUGGGAAUGCGACGAUUAUAAUGUGGGAGUGUCACGUGGAGAUUUUUGGAAAAUCUUCGUGCGAUAG